GGCAGGCAGACGAUGUUUGAUAAUAUCUAGAGACGUUAGAGAACUCGGAGUUCGGUGGAACGUACGUACGAUUUAUCGAGUUGUUUUCGCUCCCUGGACAACUUUGAAUGAGCUCAAGAUUGGAAUUUCAAUUUUGCACGCCAGGAUAUGUAGACAUAAGCAGAAUUCUUUUUUGCUGUAUUUGUCGUUCCUUCAAUUGCAAGCUUUUCAUGUUUUUAAGGAUUAAGAAGAAGCUGUAGCUUUUUGAUGCAACAAACUGUUUGGAAGCAAGGAUCUCUGAGGAGGUAUACCCAAUUAGCAUCCAUUCAUGGUGAUGGGUGAUGACAAGUGCGAGAGUUCGAUGGGUUCGAGAGACAGGGAGCUGCUGAUUCCUGUCUCUGAGGGCGAAAAAGAUGCCGAAAUCAAACCUUCUUCCCCGCCAUCAUCUUCAUCUUCUUAUAACUCAGGAAAAGAGGCUUUCUAUAAGGUGCUGCGGAGUUGGGCAUCAAAAAAGUUUAUGAGUGGAUGUGUUAUACUAUUUCCUAUAGCAAUCACUUUUUACAUCACUUGGUGGUUCAUUCAUUUUGUGGAUGGAUUUUUCUCGCCUAUCUAUGCCCAACUUGGUAUCAAUAUUUUUGGUUUAGGUUUUAUAACUUCAUUAGUCUUCAUCUUCUUGGUUGGGGUUUCUGUAUCAUCAUGGAUGGGGGCUUCUGUUCUGGGGUUUGGAGAGUGGAUCAUUAAGCGAAUGCCACUUGUGAAACAUAUCUACUCUGCUUCCAAACAAAUAAGUGCAGCCAUAUCACCUGAUCGAAAUACCCAGGCAUUCAAAGAAGUGGCUAUCAUAAGGCACCCACGUGUGGGAGAAUAUGCUUUUGGAUUUAUUACUUCCUCUGUUGUUCUACAGCAUGAGAUAGGCGAGGAGGAGCUUUUCUGUAUAUAUGUUCCUACAAACCAUCUAUACAUUGGAGACAUAUUUUUAAUCAAUUCAAGAGAUGUGAUCAGACCAAACUUGUCUGUACGUGAAGGCAUUGAGAUUGUGCUAUCGGGAGGGAUGUCAAUGCCUCAAAUACUUUCAACUAUGGACAGAUCGCCUAUCCAAGUGGACAGGACCCUGACAAACAGGGUUUAAAAUGCUUGAAAGUAAAGCUAAUGUUUUGGUUGAAGCUAUUGCUUUAUCAGCUUUGGCUCAGCCAAUAAAGUUUUAGAUUGCAGUAAGUUAGCAAUUUGCUACAGUGAUUGAAUGAAAGUUUGAAACUGUUGCUCAAAUUGGUCUUUGAGUUUGAGUUACCCAAUGAAAUGGCCUUGAUUUUCAUGACUACUGAUUGAGAGAUGUCGUGACAGUAGCAUUCUCGGUAUAAAGGAAGGAAAGAGAUUUGGUGCAGAGUUGUCUUUUUGUGUGGAAAUAAAUAUUUGGUUGGAAGAGUGUGCUCAUAUGUCUCUUGGAUGGGCACUGUGAGUUCUGUUUUUUAACAGACAGGUGUCUAUCUAGUAGUUCCAUUAACUCUUUAACAGUUACAACCUUUUGCUUGGAUAGAAAAUAUUUACUUGAGCUGGUUUCUGUUGUUUAACACACAAGUUCAUUGCACUGCCACAGAAAGGGUAUAGUGCGAACAGAAAGCAAUUGAUCAAUUCAAGCUGAUGCAUCAACUGAACUGAGCAAAUCAUUCUUAGUUGAUAAGUGCAAGUUCAGGCAUGGUGCUCUUAGUUGUGUUUCUUUGUUUUUACACAUUUGUGAUUAUAUUCUCGCAGAGAAAGACUUGUUGGAAGAGAAAUGAAUGAGUGCAAUGUGAUAUGCCACUUUGUUUCGUCUUGGAGUUUUUACUCAGCUUAUGCACUCAAUGUAUUAUAUACAAUGUAAUCCCCAAAGCAAUCGACCACUUUUGGUCUUUGAGGAGACUAGUAUAUUUAUUUUUCAUUUUCUCAA